AUGAGAACAUAUGAAUUCUUAUCACAAUUAAGGGAAGAAGAGGAUGAAUUCGUAGAUGAUGUUUCUGCUAUGAGACAAGCCACUCAAGAAAGUAUCCAAUCCCAACACGAAUGGCAUAGAAGAGAAGAAUUCAGACGAAGUACGGGUGGUUGGGAUAACAUUUAUGAAGAAGGACGAUCUUCUUCUCUUGGAUCACGUGGAAGAUAUCGUGAAGAAAUAUCUGAAUUUAGUUUAAGGGGAACUAUACCUGAAUUGGUUAAGAGCAAAAGCUCAAGACAACCAAAGGUUAGAGAGUCUAUUUUAAAGACAUUGCAUAAAAAGAUGGGUGAAGCGGUCUCAAAAUUUAUAAUAUACGAUCGCCUUCCUUUUCGGUUAGCAAGCUCGCCUUGGUUGUAUAACUUAAUUCAAGUAUCAAUGGAAGUUGGAAAAGGUGUAAAGCUCCCAACACCUUAUGAGAUUUCAGAUGUGUAUUUGACAUUGGAGUAUGAACAAGUUCGUGAAUGGGUAAAUGAACUGAAGACGCAUUGGAAACAACUGGGUGCAACUCUGAUGUGUGAUGGUUGGACCAAUAGUUUAAAUCAAAUGCACAUCAUCAACUUCAUUGUUUAUUGUAGUAAAGGAACUGCAUUUUGGAAAUCUGUGGAUAUCUCGAGCGUUCGUAGUAGAGAUGUUGAAUUCUACUAUAAUUUGUUAGACAAAGUUGUUGAAGAAAUUGGGGAAGAAUACAUUAUCCAAAUAGUGACCGACAAUGAGGCAGCAAUGAAAGCCGCUGGGAAAAGAUUAAUGUUGAAAAGAAACCAUCUUUAUUGGACCUCAUGUGUAGCUCACUGCUUAGAUUUAUGUCUUGAGGAUAUUGGAAAAAAGUCUAGUGUAGCAAAAAGUGUUAGAGGAAGCAAAGAAAGUGACAUGCUUCAUAUAUAA